UGGUGAUACUAGCGAGAAAAUUUUCAGAGCAAAUCGUUUCGGAGUAAUGUGAAUUUUCGAGAUUUUUUUCUUCGAUUUGAGAAAACUUGCAUUUGUCAGUGCUCCAAAGCUUGAAGGAUAACACACUAAAUGGCUAAUGGAGAUGGAUCGAUUAAAAUGCAAGAUAAUGACAUGCCAAUCCCGAAGAUCAAACAUGAUUGGUAUCAAACAGAAACGCAUAUUAUUAUCACAAUUCUCGCCAAAAAUAUAGAAAAUUUAAAAAUUUUCUAUGAAAAGGCUACGCUAAGCGUAUCCGCCAAGUUACCUUCUGGUAGCGAUUAUAGUUUGGAGUUGGAUCUAGCUAAUCCAAUAGUACCGGAUCAAUGUUCGCACAAGAUUUUAGCAUCUAAAAUAGAAAUAAAAUUGAAGAAGCAAGAUGGUAUAAGAUGGGCCACUUUAGAGGGAAAUCCAGUUGAUAAAAAUUUGGUAGAACCAAUACCUCAAGAAAUACUUCAAAGUGGUAAUCAGCCACCAAAGUAUCCCAGUUCCUGCAAAAAAUCCAGAGAUUGGAAUAAGGUAGAAAAAGAAAUUGAAAAACAAGAGGCAGAGGAAAAACCUGAAGGAGAAGCUGCUGUUAAUGCUCUUUUCCAACAGAUAUAUGGCAGUGGUUCUGAUGAAGUCAGACGUGCAAUGAACAAAUCCUUUCUAGAAUCAGGUGGUACAGUUUUAAGUACGAACUGGUCGGUAGUAGGUAAAGGAAAGGUGGAAAGGAAACCACCAGAUGGGAUGGAAUGGAGAUCGUGGAAUUCAUAAAAAAUUUACUUGCACACGCGCGCGCGCGCACACACACACACACACACCCACUCUUGCAAUUUUUUUUUUGAGAUUUUAUACAAAACUUUUAUUUGCAAUUAAAUUAUAAGCAAGAGUUCAAUUGUAAAAAAAAUUUCUGUAUUGUGCAUAUCCUUAUUUUGCAAUUUAAUUUAUUUAUUACAUAAGGAAAUCACCUAUAUACAUAAACAAAACUUUAUAUCGUUAAAAUAUACUCCUGUUUAUUAAUCUUAAGAUAUAUUAAUACCAAAUUAUAAAAAGGACCUGUAAAAGGAUGCAAAUAAAACAGUUUCUUGAAUUAGUA